AUGCCUGUCGCAGGCCAGAUGAAUCCAGGCAGGUCGCGCCGAGCAGAUGGAAAUGGAAAUGGAAAUGGAGUCGCUAUGGAGGAUGCAGAAGCAGAAUUACGCCGUCGCCGGGAUCGUGCCAAAGAAUCGCAGCGUGCAUUCAGGCAAAGACAAUCGAACAGUGCGCAGAAAUUGAAGCAUGACCAUGAACAACUCAAACGCCUCGUCGGCGAGAUUGUGGAUGCAGCCCGGGUCCACGACCCUGCGCAGUUGAGUGUAGCCAUCACAAAGGCGGCGAAGGCUGUAGGACUAGACACGACGUGUCUCACUCCCUCAGACACUCCCACAGACACUCCCUUUCCAGAGGGGCCUAUGAAUACGAAUCUCGGUGUCGACUGGCAAAUUACAGAUAGUCCUGGUGCUGUGGCCUCGGAGAACAUCAUCCACAAGCCCCAGAACUGGUCGCCUCUGAGCAGUCUUGACAGUGAAGCAGCACUUGUCCAGCAGACACAGACACAGACACGCUCGGGACGCAUGAGCCCACGAUUCGAUUACGGAGUCUGGAUAGACCCCGACCGCUUCCUCAAAAACUUCGAGCCACCCAUUGACAUUGCGCCCUAUCUCGGCCGUGGAGAAUACACCAUUGCAGGCCACAUCGCCUGGGCCUGUCUGGACCUGGGGUAUACCUACCUGCAGGACAUUAUGGAGCAGCGAGCCCUCACUCCCAUCUUCAACACCACCACCGCCAGCCUCACGCCCGAGCAGGAUUCCGAGGCAGAUUACCCCCGCUCAUUGCCCCCCAAUUCAGGCGCACGUCGUCUGUUUGAUCUCGCCCUCCGUCAUUCGAUGCCGCUACAUGAUCUCGACUACAUCAUUGCCAUGGUGGAAGCACGCAUCGAGUUCCGUAGAUUGGGCUACAUGCGCCGAGACAAUCCCGGCGCCGACGCCGUCAAGCGGGAACUCCUUCAGGGGCGUGUCUUUGAAGAUCAUCGAAAGAGAGGCGUGAGGAUGGAUCAAUGGUGGUCGGCAAUGGACAUCGAGAGAUACAUUGAGCGCACCAUGGGGGUCUAUGAGUUUGCCUCCUUUCAGGCCGCACUACGUGCUAGGCAAGAGGCACACACCAACCUGCUGAUGCCACUGGCACACUCUCUGGCACAGCGUGCCAUCUGUUUUGGCGACGGACCUCGCUGGAGGGCAGACCACGUUGCUAUGUUCGCGCGUACCUGGAUCAGCAUGGUACGCAAUAACAAGGAGACGAGGUGUUGA